AGCACUUACGACGAGACAAGACGUACCUCACGCACUGACCGAGAGCUAGACGUAGCUGCUACCUCAGAGCGUCGUCGAUCGAACGUGGUAGCUAGCUAGCUGCAGAGAGAUCAGGCCAGGCCGCCAGUCGAUCGAUCUCCAUGGCGGAGUCGGCGGACACGGAGCGGAUCUUCAAGCGGUUCGACACCAACGGCGACGGCAAGAUCUCGCUGUCCGAGCUCACCGACGCGCUGCGGACGCUGGGCUCCACCUCCGCCGACGAGGUGCAGCGCAUGAUGGCCGAGAUCGACACCGACGGCGACGGCUUCAUCGAUUUCAACGAGUUCAUCUCCUUCUGCAACGCCAACCCGGGACUCAUGAAGGACGUCGCAAAGGUCUUCUGAUCGAUCCAUUUCAUCACCCACAGGCCUGAACAUAUUCGACCACCUUCUUCGAUUCAUUUCAGCUGCAUGCCCGCCCGGUCCUGUCCUUUACAAAUCAAUCUACCUUGAUUACUACGUACCUACUAGUCUGUUUGUCGAAUUCGAUCGGCGUUUCAUUUUCUUUUCCUUCUCCUGCAGAUAUUAUAUGUAUUUGUCGCUUUGACUAAGAUCUAAUCAAACUUUUAAAA